GUCAAUUCUUAGUGAGAUGCUACGGUGCUUUAACAACUGUGUGGUGAUAUUAGUGUUUUUCUCACUAGCUGCAAGAUGUUCCGACCUUUCAGGCAUAGUAAAAUGUGACGCUAAAAUCGGAAACGAAUUUUGUCUACAUUACUUUUCACAUGCAGUGACUUUUAAAAAUGCCCAUUUUGAAUGUCAAAAACAUAACCUCUCUUUAAUUACUUUGCUCACGAAAGCACAACAAGAGUUCUUGAGAAAUUUUCAGACAACGUUUGAAACUCCCAUAACCGCGUUAUGGAUUGGUUUAUAUAUUGAAAACAAUCAUUUGCGCUGGUCAUCUGGGUAUUCUGCAGUACCACAACUGUUCAUUUCUGAAAAGGUGGGAAGGUUCGAAGGAUGUGCUAUAUCUAAUAUAUCUUCAGGAGAGCUUUCCACUUGGCAGUUUAUUCCAUGUGAUACCAAACUAGGCUUUGUAUGUGGUCACAUUCCUCAAAUGUCCUAUCGGCAUCCAUUUUCUGAUCAAAAAAAUCUUAUUUGCCCUCAUGGAUACAAAUUGUUUGACAAAAACUGCUACUUGCUAAAAGAAGAUUUAUCCGAUAGGUUAACAUGGGACAAGGCAAAUGAACAGUGCAAUGCAUCAAACACUAAGGCAUCUCUCGCUACUGUCACAUCACCAAUGGAACAGGACGCCCUCUCUGUAUUGAUUGCCCAUUCUUCUCACCCGGUAUGGAUUGGCAUGUAUCUUGAUCAAAGUGAACGUAAAUUGAUUCAUAGUGGUUCUAUCAACUAUACAAAUUGGUAUCCAAAAGAAAUGCUUGGCACUAAAAAGCGAUUGUGUACAAUGAUGCAUCAGCGCCCAUUGCAUCUUGGACAGUGGGAAGAAGUUGAUUGCUCUUUAUCUCUGAAUUAUAUCUGUAAAGUUGCGGCUGAGCUAAACGCUUCAUCUAGUACCAGCAGUCUAUCGACUCCAUCACUUAUUCUAACUCAGGGUGCAUGCAAAACUAAUUACUAUGAAUACAAUAAACGAUGUUAUCGUCUUUAUGCUGCUGAUAAUGAAAAUGAAAUGGCUUCAUCAUGCGGCAUCAGAUUAUCACCUUAUUCCAAUGACGAAACUGCCUUCAUGCGUUUAUUAUUACAAACUACACCCAAUUUAACAAUUGAUCGAGCUUGGACGGGUGUUUCACUCAUAGUUGACUUAAAUUCAAAAUCAAAGUGGUUUUACAAAACAGAGAAUAACGAUUCGUAUUACGCUUCAUUGAUACACGAUUUCUAUAUUUUCUCGUAUGAAAAUGUCAACUUGACUACUAGUUCACGUAAUCGUUUUUGUGUAGCGAUAAAUCGUGACAAUACAGUGAUGGAUGUUUUGCCUUGUUCAUUGAAACUACCCUCAAUUUGUGGAUAUCAUUUGCCGAACUAUAAGCAUCCAUUGCCGCAAGACAAUGACAACUCUAUGUCAUCAUCUUGUCCUGAACAUUGGAUUCAAUAUGGACACAAAUGUUUCUCACCAAUUCGUCAAUCACCAUUCCCAUGGUCGUUAGCAGAAUUGGAUUGUGCUAGUUCUGUCAAUGGAACAGUUGCUCAUUUACCAUCAGUUCACAGUCCAAGUGAAUUAACAUUUAUUAGUAAAAUGUAUAGUGGGGUGGAUGUUUGGCUUGGUUUACGAAUUCAUCAUGAAUUCGUUGAAGACAGAUCGCUACCUUUGAAUAAAUCAAGCCUAUAUUGGUCCGAUGAUAGUGCUGUGGACUACUUAUCAUUUGCUCAUGGUGAACCUAGUCGACACUUUUCAAAUGCUGAUAUUGAAAAUUGCUUCAUAUCGCAUGGUAGUACACAUGAUUGGAACGACGUUAACUGUAACAGUUUUCAUUCAUAUUUUUGUCAGUUAUUAUUGACAAAUAUAUCAGCGUCGUCGGCAUCUGAGUUACCACGUGAUCGAGUUCCAGAAGUUAUUAAUACAGAAGUAUGCACAAAUAUUUCAAAUAAUCGCUAUUGUAUACGAUAUAUUUCACAAAUGGCUACGUUUUUCGAAGCUGAUUAUGCAUGUCGUAAUUAUAACAUGACGCUUGCCACUGUACCGAGUGAAGAGCAUCAAAUGUUUAUCAUGAAUACUCUGAAACAUGAAACUAGUCAUGGUAGCUUACCUCAUGCGUACAUUGGACUUUUCAAUUCACAUGAUAAUUUAGUAUGGAUAUCUUCUUAUGGCGCAGUGCCAUCGAGUUUUUGGCAAUUGAAAUUUCAAAAUUCUAAAAAGCAAUGCGUUUACAUUGAUGCUAAAACUGAUGGUUUACAAACAUGGGGAACUAUUCCAUGCACUGAACCAUUACCUUAUAUAUGUUCAACUGAUCUAUCAUCCAAAUUAACGUCUUUAGAUGAAGCGUAUGAAAAUAUGUUAUUUUUCAAAUGUCCUGAAGGUUUCAUGUUAAUAUUUGGAAGCUGUUUCAUGGUCAAAGCAAGUGAACGUGAUGCGGUAGACUGGUCAACUGCUUCCAACUUAUGUCGAAAUGUGCAUCCUAACGCUCACCUAGCCAGUGUAUCAUCGAAUGAACAACAAGAUGGUUUAACUGUUCUUAUGGACAGUCAACAGUUGUCUGCAUGGAUUGGUUUAAGUUCUCAACGGAAUAUUCAUACAUGGAUUAAUCGAAAUGAUAUUUUGUAUACAAAUUGGCGCCCAACCGAACCAAAUACUAAUGGAUCGAGUUGUACUAUAAUGCAUCACGAACCAGAUUACAUUGGUACAUGGAGUGAUGAACCGUGCAAUAAGAAAUUCGGUUAUAUAUGUGAAGUUAAACCAACCAAAUCAUCGGACAAAUCCAAUAUGACACAACUUUUGGGAAUGUUAAAACAUGGUGAUUGUUUACCUGACUUUUAUUAUUUCAAUAAUACUUGUUAUUCUGUAAUGCCACCACGUCAUUCACAACGUAGUGCAGUUGACUUCCGUGAUGAAGUAAGCGGUCAUUGUUUAUUGUCUACACAUGCGACUUUUAUGAACUGUUUCAACAAUCCAAAAUGGUUGGGUACCAUCGCUUGUCCAGUCAUAAAAACACCACAGAGUCAAGUUGAAGCAGCGUUUGUGCGUCUUCUAUCUAGAACUAUCAGUCCAACUAGUAGCCAUGUCUGGGUUGGUCUGAAAAUGAACCACACAUUGCGUUCGAGUCAUCUGUUAUCCGAAGAUAAUUCUUUACAAACAAGUGCUACUAAUUUAAUUGAUUUCUCUGGACUUCUACGACGUCAGAAUAGUAAAACAGUUCCAUUAAAUCCUAGGAAUAACACUGAAUCCUAUUAUGAUUGUUUCACUAUGCCGAUUCAUGAUGGUAAUUUGAUGCAAAUGACUAAUUGUUCAAUGCAUUUAGAAAGUAUUUGCUCAUAUAAACUUGAAAAAAAUCAAUUACCACCAAGCACUAUUCAACAAUUAAUCAGUUUACCAUGUCCAAAAGGCUGGAUAUCAUAUAAAGAGAAUUGUUAUCUUUUACCAUCGUUACGCGAAAGAUUAAAUUGGUCAGAUGCAGAACGUGUCUGUCAGGAAAAAGCAAGUUCCAUUGUAAAUCACCAAUUGCCUAGCAAUGGUCAUUUGGCCUCGGUACAUUCUUCGGAUCAAUUACAAUUUCUCAUUGGUCGAUCAUUGUCAUCAUCAUUUUGGAUUGGUUUGAAAGUUUUUUAUUCUGGUAUUAAACCGACAUCAUCGGUAAAUUUAGCAUGGAGUGACGGGUCAGUUAUGGAUUUCUCUCUAUUCCCUUCACAUCAUACUUCUGCUACACUAAAUGUACUAGAAAAUCCAGAAAAUUGUGUCUCAGUCAAUGAACAAUAUGCAGGCUCUUCAUGGGGUAUAAAUAAUUGUAUGGAGGAAAAAAGUUAUAUCUGUCAAUUGCCUAAACUAGAUCUUCUGCAACAACAGCAAACAACUGUCACGGAUGACAAACGAGAACACAAAUCAACACUACCUACUAGUACUACUGUCGACUGUACAGAGAAAUCAUUUCCAAUUCCUAGUAAAAUUGGUCCAUAUUGUUAUAGUGCCUUGUUAAAUGAUGCAACCGAUUGGAGUAAUGCCGAGUCAUCUUGUCGUAAUAUGCAUCACAGUGCACAUCUUGUUUCAGUUCAUUCGCAUGCUGAAUUAGAUGAAAUUACUGAAAUUAUUCAUCGAAAUGCACAACCGACGCGCAUUACAUGGAUUGGAUUGUAUGAGUCGAACUUUGCUUAUAAAUGGUCUGAUCAAAGUGAUAUUGAUUAUAUACCAGUUUCAGCGGAUAUCAGUAAAGAGUCAAGACAUUAUAUGCAAGAUUGUUUUGCACUGGAUUCAGGAGUGAAUUCAUCAAUUCAUUGGAAAGCUGUACCAUGUAAUAAACCAUCUUUGAGUUUUAUAUGCCGAAUGAAUGUUAAUCCAUCGACUACAACCGUACAACCAACUGUAGAUGGUGGUGAUUUAUCAACACGCCUAAUAUGUCCUCCUGGUUUCCGAUUUCAUCGAGAUCGUUGCUUCCAACUAAUCACUGAUAAAUUCACCUGGAGUGAAGCCGAUCACCAUUGUCAACAUAUGGUAAAACCAUAUCCAAAUUACAAGGGAUCAUUGGCUCGUAUCGAUAAUGAACUUGAUCAACAGUUUCUAGCAAGUCUGUUAGAUAAUCUUGAACCUGAAAAAUCAUCUGCAGUCUGGAUUGGUCUGUAUCGGGAUCUAUCACAUGAUUCUCACAGCUACAAUUGGUCAGAUGGUAAAAAGCCUCAAUUCAUUAAACCAGUUAUAAGAGAUCAUCAAUUUUCUGUUUAUGGUCAAACUUUUCCAUCAUCACCAAAAAUUCCAGUUGGGCUGAAAUCGAUGCGUCUAUGCACUUCAAUGUUUCGUUCAACCAAUCCAAGAUUGAAUGGAAUUUGGCUUCAAUGGUCCUGUGAUGAACCAAUUUAUUUGGGUAGUUUAUGUCAAGCUUCACCAAUCUACCAUUAUACACCUGUGCAUCGAUUGUCAAUUGGUUCCGACCAAACAGAGCCAUUUUAUUGUCCAUCAGGUUUCCAGUUGGGUACAACUGGUCUUUUGAGAAUAAAAGGCAAUUCAAUGGCUAAACUUUCUCAACCCAUGUGUUAUCGUGUAUUCAAUCAUGUCAGCGAAAUGGAUUGGGCUUCAGCAAAUAUAGCUUGUAAAAAUUUGAGCACAGCAACAUAUAACGUUAGUUUGUUAACUAUCGCAUCAGUAUUCGAAGCUAAUUUCCUGCGUGUAUGGCUUAAUCAACCACGGGGUGUCGAUGGUGGCGGGUUGCCAGUUAGUGAAGCAGUUUGGACAGCCUUGAAGGUACCAACUACUUGCCCCAGUUGUUAUGCCAAUUGGACAUGGACAACUGAUGACAAUGAACCAGUCCGUUAUACAGAUUGGUAUAAAUCACCAAGUGGAAAUCCCGGCGGUUGUUAUCUAUUUCAUCAAGCGCCUUAUACUACACUUGAAGAUAAUAGAAUUGAUACAGGUUUCGGCAGUAUUCAAUUAGCCAGUUCAUGUGAAACGCCUCAUUUUGUUGCUUGUCAAACACUAGCUUUCAUGAAUAAUAAUACAUCAUUGAAAUUAUCAACUGAUCAUUUCGGUACACCGAAUGCCAACAUGCUUUCUUCUGCUUCUUCUCCUACUCGACGCCAUCAUCAACCAAUAAGACCGGAUUGUUUUAAACCUAAUGUGAGAAUAAGUAAAUUUCAACAUGCUGCUUUAUAUGAAACGAAAAUUCUUCAUUCUAUUACUGGGAAACAGUGUGUUAGAUGGGAUUUAAUUGAUCAUAAUUUCAGUGAAACUUCAUUAGAUUUCAAUUUUAUACGAAAUCAUCUACUUGCUGCUGAAAUGGUUUUCGGUGGUAGUAAUACUUAUUCAUAUGCUGAAAACUACUGUUCACAUAUACACGAUGAAUCGACACAAUCAACAAAAUUCGGUUGUUAUGUUAGUGUAAAUCCACCGAUAUUCGAGAAUUGUUCUCUUACUGUAUGCUUACAUCCGCUUCCCACUAGCGGAAAUUCUGUGCAUUGGUUUGGUGGCAUUAUGCUGUUCAUAUUCAUUACUGUAUGCUGUGUAUUCACUGUCUACCUGUUUCAACGGAUUGGUAUUCAUAAAUGCAUUAAAAUCCAACGACGUUAUCAACCAUUUAAUCGAUAUCGUGUUUCGCGUAAACGUAAAACCACUUUAUAUCUUGGCAAUCCAACCAGUACUACCGGUAUCGUAAAUCAUAGUAUGAUUGAAGGUGAAUUGUCAUCGAAUACUGAUGACACUCCUGAUAGUUUUCUUUCAUCGACUGCUGCUGCUGCUGCUGCUGGCACUGUAUAUGAGCCGCCAAUCAAGCAAAAUGAUAAUCACAAUCUUAUUUCAUUACAGACGAGUGGACCGAGAAAAUUAAACAAUAGUAGUAGUAGUAGUAGUAAUAAUAAUAAUAAUAAGAUGCAUUCAACGAAAUCAAGUGAUAAAUUCACAUUGUCAGCGUUAAAUUUAAGUCGUACAUCUGCUUCCAUUGGUUUUAUGAAUCCUAUCUAUUUACCAUUGAAUGAUCGGCAUGUAGAAGAUAAUUAUGAUCCGGAGCCGCCAGCAAAUUAAUUCUCAUUAUUCAGACUUACUUUUUGUUCUUCUUCUUUGUCCUUUAUCUCUACUAUUAAUUAUUAAUCCAUCACUUUGCGUUCAUCAUUAUUGAUUCGACGUACAAAAUAAGAAACAAAGAUAUAUAUAUAUAUAUAUAUAUAUAUAUAUAUAUAUAAAUGUAUAAGUCUGUACUUCUCAUGCCUUGUUAUAAAAGAAUCUCAGUCUUUCGAUUAUUGAAUAGAUCUAAUUUGUAGUAAUGUGUUUUUCUUAAAGGUACAUAAUGAAUUAAUUGCCCGAUAAUAAUAUCAUUCAAUUGUGCAAGUUAUCACACCAAUAGUUAACAUCAUCAUAUUCAUGACUACUGCUGUCAUCAGCAUCAUAUCACACACAAACACAUUAUGUUUCAUCGCGCCCAUAUCAUUGUGAUUUUGUGUUACUUUUUUUUACUGUGAAAGAAUAGAUAUCAACUUAGAAAACGAAAUAAGUCUAUUACUACUGAUAAUGAUAAUAUUAUUAUUAUUAUUAUUAUUAUUACUAUUAUUAUUAUUGUAUGUAGGAGGGUCAUUUGUACUCCAGUGUAAUCAGAUCUGCACAUUCCUUUUUGUGACUGUUUAUAUACUGCCUUUUACUUCUUCACCUAAAACAUCUUUCCCCCUUUUUAUGUGUAUGUUCCUACAGGUGUAUUGUUCUUUCUUAUGCAUGCGAAGCCAUUGUUAUUGUUUGUCCCAACCCUGCUUUUCCAGAACUCCUUCAAUAUUAUAUAUAUAACUGGUGUGAUAUGUAAUACAUAUGCGCCUCUACUCACUCGAUUACCAAAUUAAGCAAAUGGAACAUUUCUCACCACGACUUCUCUCCUUCCCUUUAAUUUCUUUGGCUGUGCUACAUAUUAUUAGAUGAAGAAAAAAAUAUUUUUUGAGGUGAUG